AUGACCGAAUCCAUUCGCCUUCCCCACAAGCCCGAUGUCCCACUCUCGUACUGGCUCACGCCGGGCCGGGGCCCCAUCUCGGCGACGCACCUCGUCGUCUUUCUCAACGGGCUCAUCAUGCCGCAGACCGGGUGGCGGGUGACCGUGGAAGAGCUGCGGCGCCGGUGGGGCGUCGAGGACGGUGCGGACCAUCCGCCGAUGCUCACCUACGACCGCUACGGCCAGGGCGAGUCCGGCCGCGACCCGGCCGACGAGUCCAAUGACGGCACCCACGACAUCCUCGAGAUCGUCCACGACCUGCGCAAGCUGGUGCGCGAGGUCUGGCGCACGAGGAUAGCUCCGGCUCUGGGACACGGACGGGAGGGGGUAGGGGAGGGCGCGAGCGAGCGCGGCAAAGGGAGGCCACCUCCAAGCCUGGUCUUCGUCGGCAACAGCCUGGGCUGCGUGAUCGCGCGGCUGUACGCGUCGACGUACCCGGGCGCCGCGGCGGCGCUGCUCCUGCUCGACAGCAACAUGGCCAACAGCGACCUCGUGUCCGUGUUCCCGGACCCGGACGCCGCCGGCUUCGACGCGGGGUGCCUGCCGGCGGACGUGACGGUGGCGGACCUGCGGCGUACGCGCGCUAAUUACGCUGCCGCCUUCCACCCCUCGGUGCCGAAUCCAGAGCACCUCGACCGGCGCGGCAUCGCGGCGCUGCUGCCGCACGCGGACCGGCCGGCGCUCGAGGGGCCCCCGCCGCUAGAGGAUGACGAUGGCCACGGGGGCGGGGGCGGGGGCGGGGGGCCGUGGAUCACGGUCGUGGGGCACGACUGGGAGGCGUUCGCGGAAGAGGGCCUGCGGGGCCCCAUGAACGUUCCCAAGAGCCUGACGAACGCGUUCAUGAACCCGGCGUGGAGCCAGUACAACGAGGGCCUAGUGCGCCUCACCGAGGAGGCCAGGGCGCGCGGCCCCCUCACGGCCCCGGGCUGCGGGCACUUCAUCCAGAGGGACGACCCGGUGCUGGUCGCGGAGCUCGUGCAGGAUCUGCUCCACCGCGUCGAGACUGCGGAACCGCGCAAGAUUGCCAGCCCAUCCACCUAA